UAGAUUUUAUUCAAGUAUUUUUAAGAAAGACUAUCGUCAGUGUACGUGAGUUGGUGUUAGGUUAGUUGAAUCAGACAAAAUGUCUUCCGGGUCUGAAAGCGUAUUUGCAAGGUACUUUUACCCAGUUGCUUUUGCUGGUGUUGGGGUGGCUACUGUUGUUAUAACAAAUAUUGUAUCACGUCGUCCAGCUAUAAGCGGUAUACAGAAGCAUAUUAUUAGCUUGGGAACUGGUGCUGUACUUGGGGAGAUGUUCUAUAACCGUCAGAAACGUAUUACUGCAGAGAGAGAUGCUGUUAUCAGACAUUACAUUCAACUUCAUCCAGAAGACUUUCCAGAACUAGAACCUAAGAAAUACAAAGAAAUUUUCGAACCUUGGCUCCCAAUUCGUUGAUUCAAAGUGUUUUGAAACAAAUUAGAAGUGGUUUUAAAUAGCUUAAUGAAUGCUGUAGACUAUAUCUGUUUAAUUUGGUUCCAUCAACUUAGAAAAGCUAGGGUUACUUCUAAAGACUAGAACUUACCAACAUGUACAGUCAUCAAUAUUUAUAUGAUGAAAAUAAAGUUCAAUAAAAGCACAAAUAAUUA